UUCCUUUACCACGACUCAAGCAAGGUAAAUUGGGAUAAGACGGUAGCUUUUAUUAAUAAAAACAAAAUGAGUGUUCAGAAUUAUAAGGUCGCUGAUAUUUCCCUUGCUGCCUUUGGCCGCAAGGAACUUGAAAUUGCUGAAAAUGAAAUGCCUGGUUUGAUGGCUAUUCGCGAGAAGCAUGCCCAGUCUCAACCUUUGAAGGGAGCUAGAAUUGCUGGUUGUCUUCACAUGACUAUUCAAACCGCAGUUCUCAUUGAGACUUUGGUUGCUUUAGGUGCUGAAGUAACCUGGUCUUCUUGUAACAUUUACUCUACUCAAGAUCAUGCCGCUGCUGCCAUUGCCGCUACUGGUGUUCCCGUCUUUGCUUGGAAGGGUGAAACUGAGGAGGAAUACAUUUGGUGUAUCGAACAACAAUUAAAGUCUUUCCCUAGCGGCCAACCUUUGAACAUGAUUUUGGACGAUGGUGGUGACUUGACUGCUCUUGUUCAUGAGCGUCAUCCUGAACUUCUUGUUGAUAUCCGCGGUGUUUCUGAGGAAACCACUACUGGUGUCCACAAUUUGUAUAAGAUGUUCCAUGAGAACAAACUUAAGGUUCCUGCCAUUAAUGUCAACGACUCUGUUACCAAGUCCAAGUUUGAUAAUCUCUUUGGCUGCAAAGAAUCUUUGGUCGAUGGUAUCAAACGUGCUACCGACGUUAUGAUUGCUGGUAAGGUUGGUGUUGUCGCUGGAUUUGGUGAUGUUGGUAAGGGUUGUGCCACUUCUCUUCGCAAUCAAGGUGCUCGCGUUAUCGUUACUGAAGUUGAUCCUAUCAACGCUCUCCAAGCUGCCAUGGAUGGCUUUGAAGUUACUACUAUGGAAGAGGCUGUUACUGAAGGUCAAAUAUUCGUUACUACCACUGGUUGUCGUGAUAUUAUCCGCGGUGAACACUUCAUGGCUAUGCGUGAAGACUCUAUCGUAUGCAACAUCGGUCAUUUUGAUGUUGAAAUUGAUGUUGCCUGGUUGAAGCAGAAUGCUAAGGAUUGCGUCAACAUUAAGCCUCAAGUUGACCGUUAUGAAUUGAGCAACGGACGCCAUAUUAUCCUUUUGGCCGAUGGUCGUCUUGUCAACCUUGGCUGUGCUACCGGACACCCCUCUUUUGUCAUGUCUUGCUCUUUCGCUAACCAAGUCCUUGCUCAAAUUGCUUUGUGGACUGACAACCAAAGCUAUCCUGUUGGUGUCCAUAUGCUUCCUAAGAAGUUGGAUGAAGAAGUCGCUCGUUUGCACUUGGGUAAGCUUAAUGUUAAGCUUACCGAACUUACUCCUGUUCAAUCUAAAUAUUUGGGUAUUCCAUCUGAGGGUCCUUACAAGGCUGACCACUACCGUUAUUAAUUUCUCUAAUUAAUUUUGCAUUGGCUUUUUGCACACUUUCAUUUAUAAAAUUUCAACAUAUUCCGUUGUUUGAUGUUUUCAACAGCAUCAUGCCACAACGAUACCAUGAAAUAUAAUAAUGAUAUUCAAUUGGGUAUACGUGGAUUUAGGUAUAUUAUUAAUGAAACGGUUUAGACUGAGUACCGAAAGAGCCCAGAUUAAGUGUUGUGUAGGUGAAAAUGAUGCAUGUAUGUUCGAAGUAUAGUAAAAGUAGGCAUUUCAUAUGAGGUUUUAAGUGAGUUAGCUGUAUUAUAACGUAUAAUGAGAUUGAAUAAACCGAA